AUGGCCGGAUCAGCUCUACCUCUUCCACCGCCACCACCACUAUCAUUCCAAUCUCCGUCGCAAACCCAAACCCGCCACUCUUCCACCACCUUCUCCCCACCAAACCUCACUCCCCAAACACCUUCCGCUUCAAUCCGUUCCCGCCUCAGCAGAAUCUGCCAAGACGGAAACCCGAAACUCGCACGCCAACUGUUCGACACAAUUCCCAAACCAACCACCGUUCUCUGGAACACCAUCAUCAUCGGCUUCAUCUGCAACAAUCUCCCCCACGAGGCUCUCCUCUUCUACUCCCGGAUGAAAAAGACGGCGCCUUUCACCAACCCCGACCCUUACACUUACUCCUCCACACUCAAGGCUUGCGCUGAGACCAAGAACUUGAGAGCUGGUAAAGCCGUGCAUUGCCAUUUGAUCCGUUGCUUGCAGAACUCGAGCAGGGUUGUUCAUAACUCUCUGAUGAACAUGUACGUCUCUUGCUUGAGUGAAUUGGCAUCUCCCGAGUACGAUGUUGUGCGUAAAGUGUUCGAUAAUAUGCGUAAGAAGAACGUUGUGGCGUGGAAUACAUUGAUUUCUUGGUAUGUGAAAACAGAGAGAAAUGCAGAAGCUUGUAGGCAGUUUGCGAUCAUGAUGAGGAUGGAGAUAAAGCCGAGUCCCGUUAGCUUUGUGAAUGUCUUCCCCGCGGUGUCGAGUUCGAGAAGCGUUAAGAAAGCUAACGUCUUUUACGGUUUGAUGCUGAAAUUGGGAGAUGAGUAUGUGAAGGACUUGUUUGUUGUGAGCUCGGCUAUCUCCAUGUAUGCAGAGCUCGGCGAUCUUGAGUCAUCAAGGAGAGUUUUUGACUCUUGUGUUGAGAGGAACAUUGAGGUGUGGAACACAAUGAUCGGCGUCUAUGUUCAGAACGAUUUCUUGAUUGAAAGUAUUGAGCUUUUUCUUGAAGCAAUAGGAUCAAAAGAGAUUGUUUCUGAUGAAGUGACGUUUCUGUUAGCAGCGAGUGCGGUUUCAGCUCUGCAGGAAGUGGAAUUAGCAAGGCAGUUUCAUGGUUUUGUGAGCAAGAACUUUCAAGAGCUGCCGAUUGUGAUAUUUAACUCGUUGAUGGCUAUGUACUCAAGGUGUGGCUCUGUGUACGAGUCGUUUGGUGUCUUUGAUUCGAUGCGAGAGAGAGAUGUUGUAUCAUGGAACACUAUGAUCUCUGCUUUUGUUCAAAAUGGACUAGAUGAUGAAGGAUUGAUGCUGGUUUACGAGAUGCAGAAGCAAAGGUUUAAGCUUGAUUCAAUAACUGUGACUGCUUUGCUUUCUGCUGCGUCAAAUCUUAGAAACAAGGAGAUAGGGAAGCAGACUCAUGGUUUCCUUAUCAGGCAAGGGAUUGAGUUUGAAGGAAUGAAUAGUUACCUUAUCGACAUGUAUGCUAAGUCAGGACUGAUAAGGAUCUCACAGAGGCUUUUUGAGAGAAGUGGCUAUGGUGAGAGAGAUCAAGCUACUUGGAACUCUAUCAUUUCAGGUUACACGCAGAACGGAUACACAGAGGAGACGUUUGCUGUGUUCAAGAAGAUGAUAGAGCAGAGUAUCAGACCUAAUGCUGUAACCGUGGCUUCGAUUCUUCCUGCUUGUAGCCAAAUAGGUAGUAUUGAUUUAGGGAAACAGCUUCAUGGAUUCUCUAUCAGGCAGUUCUUGGAUCACAACGUGUUUGUUGCUUCUGCUUUAGUUGAUAUGUAUUCGAAGUCAGGAGCGAUAGAGUACGCAGAGAACAUGUUUUCACAAACGGAAGAGAGAAACUCUGUGACAUACACUACGAUGAUAUUGGGGUAUGGACAACAUGGAAUGGGAGAGAGAGCUGUCUCUCUGUUUCGCUCAAUGGAAGUUUCGGGAAUCAAACCUGAUGCUAUCACUUUUGUUGCAGUGUUAUCAGCUUGCAGCUACUCCGGUUUAGUUGAUGAAGGUCUCAGUAUAUUUGAGGAGAUGAGAGAAGUUUAUAACAUUCAGCCUUCAAAUGAGCACUAUUGCUGCAUUACAGAUAUGUUAGGGAGAGUAGGUCGUGUUAACGAAGCGUACGAGUUUGUUAAAGGGCUUGGGGAAGAAGGAAACGUGGCUGAGCUGUGGGGUUCGGUGCUUGGUGCUUGUAGACUACACGGUGAGCUUGAGCUAGCUGAGACUGUUUCAGAGAAGUUGGGUAAAGUAGAUAAAGGGAAGAACUUUUCAGGGUAUCAGGUUCUGCUCUCGAAUAUGUAUGCUGAGGAGCAAGAUUGGAGGAGAGUUGAUAGGUUGAGGAGAGAAAUGAGAGAAAAGGGUUUGAGGAAAGAAGUUGGUCGAAGUGGGAUUGAAGUUGCUGGUUAUGUCAACAGUUUUGUGUCUAGAGAUCAAGAGCAUCCUCAGUCUAGUGAGAUAUAUGAUGUGAUUGAUGGUUUGGCUAAAGAUAUGAGAGGCGAUUCGUUUCUGACUACAUUUCCAGAUGUUAGUCCGAGUUUGGAAUUGGAGGAGUGA